AUGAGUUCUCCCUCGCCGGCCCACAAGCCUCGGCGCAAGUCGAAGAAGCCCGGCGUCACCUUCGAUGCGUCCACCAAACCCGGCCCUCUCAUCCGGACGCCGUCUUUCCCUCUGGCCGCCUUUCUCUGGCCCGCCCGGAGCUCGCUUUCGCCAUGGGAGGUCGUUCCGCUGAUUCUCAUGGUCGUCGGAUUGUUUAGGUGGGCAGCAGGGCUCUGGGGAUACUCUGGCUUCCAAAAGCCCCCCAUGUUCGGCGACUACGAAGCACAACGACACUGGAUGGAGAUUACCACCCAACUGCCUAUCUCGCAGUGGUACUUCCACGACCUCGAGUGGUGGGGCCUCGACUAUCCCCCCCUAACCGCUUACCACAGCUGGCUGCUGGGCAAGAUCGGGGCUUUGAUCGACCCGUCUUGGUUCACACUGUACACGUCCCGAGGCUCGGACGACCCGACUCUGAAGAUUUUCAUGAGAGCAACCGUCAUCAUCUCGGAAUACCUCAUCUACAUCCCCGCGGCGGUCGUCUUCGUUCGGCGGUACAGCAGACUGUUUGGCGUGGCACAAUGGACGAGCUGGGUAGCCCUGGUUGCUAUUCUUCUACAGCCUUCCACCAUUCUGAUCGAUCACAUCCACUUCCAGUACAACACCGUCAUGCUCGGUUUCGUCCUAGCUAGCAUGUCGAGUAUGACUGCCGGUCGAUACAUGUGGGCCUCUAUAUUCUUCGUUGCCGCCUUGGGCUUUAAGCAGAUGGCACUCUAUUAUGCGCCGGCCGUGUUUGCCUAUCUACUCGGAAGCUGCAUAUUCCCUCGCAUCAACAUCGGCCGCUUCGUCGUGAUUGCGGGCGUGACGGCUGUCUCGUUUGCAGUCCUCAUACUGCCCCUGGUCAUUGGAGCCCUGUACGAUGCGAAGCGUGGCAUUGACUCGCGACCAGAUCUGGAUGGCCCGCGACCCCCUUUGCCCAUCUUCCCUCAAGUGGAGUCGUAUCUGAACACGGAGGCGGUCUAUUACCCUGUCGUUGUGCAGCUGGUUCAGAUGGUCCAUCGUGUCUUCCCCUUCGCGCGAGGGCUCUUCGAGGACAAGGUUGCCAACUUCUGGUGUGCCGCAAAUGUGGUCUUCAAGCUGAAGAAGUACCCAGCCGCGCUGCUUCAGCGUGCAUCCCUUGUCGCAACUCUGGCAUCGUUCGCACCGGCGAACCUCAUCCUCUUCUUGCGUCCCAACAAGGAGCUGCUGCCGUACGCCUUUGCGACGACGGCCUGGAGCUUCUUCCUGUUCAGCUACCAGGUGCACGAGAAGAGUGUGUUGCUCCCCCUGCUGCCAAUGACUGUGCUGCUAGCCGGCAAGCAAGGACUUGGAAAGGAUGUGCGCGCUUGGGUGGGGUUCGCAAAUAUCCUGGGCGCAUGGACAAUGUUUCCGUUGUUGCAACGGGUGGAUUUGCGCGUCCCGUACGCCGUUCUGACCCUUCUCUGGGCCUAUCUACUCGGAUUGCCGCCGACAUCGUUGAGCGCAUACUUCCAGGAGGGCCAGUCUCCUUGGGUUCAGUGGGGCAUUGCCUUGGUUCAUGGCGCAUUCUACGUCGCCAUGGGGCUCUGGCAUGUAUUGGAGCUCUUCGUUGCGGCUCCUCUGGACAAGCCGGACCUCUGGGUGGUGGCUAACGUUGGAGUCGGUGCAGUAGGCUUCGCUCUGUGCUACGCCUGGUGUCUCUGGAGGCUGACAGACGAGAGUGGUAUAUUGCGAUGGGGAAGCGUGAAGUCCAGCAAGAAGACGCAAUAG